AUGUGUCAGGAACUCUUGAAGUUCUAUGCAUCGUGGAAAGGAGCGGAAGACGAUGUAAAAAGAAUGUAUAGUUCUGUUGAAAUGUUGACCAAGAAUUUCAUAUGUCUUAGGAGUUCGAUUCAGCAAACUCGGUUCGGCCGGGAUGUCGUGGCAAGGGUGGAGGAGAGCAUUGCGAUGUGUGAGAGUGGUGUCGUUGCUUUGAAAAAAAAGCUUUCAAAGAUCAACAGUGUCUUGCAUGCCAACCGUGGAUGGAGUCAUAAGUUGAAGAGCCAAUUUCAGCGAGCGCUGUACCCUUUCAAAGAGAGUACUAUCGUCAAGCUGAAAGAGAUCUGCAGCGACCUGCAAGGCAAUUUGACCCUCGCUCUGGAGACGCUACAGAUUGACGCAACCUCCGUAUCAUUGCAGACCUUGGGUGUACUUCAGAACAAUGUCUUUGAAAUGUCCCUAGAUAUCAAAAGCUUCGACAGCCAGCUCGCAAAGGCUUCAGCCUGGGUUGGCGAGCUACAUGUGUUUCAAAAAGAUCAGUAUAUGUCGGCCAUCUACGACUGGCUUUCGCCUCUUUCGAGAGAGUUCAGUAGCAAACAGCAUGAUACUUUCAACAUCACAGCACGGCAAGACAGGUUGAGCGACUGGGUGUUACAGACAAACCAUUACCAACAAUGGCUACAUGGGGCGGGGACCACAUUAUGGUGUUUGGGUAUACGUGGCGCCGGGAAAACGGUGCUUGCGUCUUUCAUUGUGAACGCCCUUCAAGUGGUCAGUAACGAACACGUUGGUGUUGCCUAUAUAUACUGCAAUUACAGCGAAGCCGAGAAACAGAACCCUACGAAUUUGCUGAAGAGCAUACUCCUGCAGCUGGUCUCUCGCAAACGCGUAGUUAUGGAAGAAUUGACGGAAGCCUACAAGAAACAUUCGAAGGAGGGGACGGCACCAUCUCUACCCGAAUGCUGCCGCCUUCUUCACGCUGCCAUUGGUUGUUUUUCAAAGACCUACCUGGUCAUUGAUGCCUUAGAUGAAUGCGCUGAAGACGCUAGGGAUAUAUUGUUUGCGGAGCUCCGGAAAACGAAGCCUCUGAUCAGUAUCCUUAUCACCUCACGGCAUACUUUCAGCGACCAUUUUGACUCAGAAAGUGCAUUACGCCUAGAAAUCGAAGCCAAUGUAUUUGAUAUCAGACAGUACCUCGAAGAACGCAUAAUAGAAUCAAGGGUACUGCAAGCGCACAUAAAGAAAGACAAGAAUCUCCAUGAGCUCAUCAUAUCUGGCAUUGUCAACAAAGCUAAAGGAAUGUUUCUACUUGCCCGCCUGCAUUUGGAUUCUCUGAUGGCCAAGACUACACUGCGCAAAGUGAAGACCGCCUUAGACUCCUUGCCCGAAGAAUUGGACAGAACAUAUUACCAGGUAUUGCAAAGGAUACAGGCCCAAGAUAGAGAUCAUGCUGUGCUGGCUCUAAAGGUUCUUGGCUGGAUACAUCACGCUGUGAGGCCGUUAGGCACUCGGGAGUUGCAACAUGCAUUGGCCGUGGAGCCUGGGGAUGCUCAAUUCGACGAAGAUGGUAUACCUGAGAUCAGCCUAGUCUUGUCUGUGUGCGCUGGCAUUGUGACGAUUCGGCAGAACAACAUCAUGGGACUGGUUCAUUAUACCGCUCAAGAGUACUUUGAACGCCGAUCGCUAGAUUUCUUCCCAGAUGCGCAGACGGAGAUUGCAAAGAUAUGUCUCACCUACCUCUCAUUCAACGAGUUCGCACAGGGACCAUCACCUGAUGAUAAAGCCUUUGACGACCGAAUGGAGGUUUGUCCUCUACUACAGUACGCGUCCCAGUACUGGGUUCGUCACGCGCGCGAUAAUCCAGAAGCAGGAAUCAAAGCAUUGGCCUUGGCAUUCCUCAAGCAAGAAUCCAAUGUAGCGUCGUCCAUGCAGGCAUCAGAAGCAUUCAAAUCUCGAUUUACAAUGCAUAGCCAGCAAUUCAGACGCAACGUUCGAGGUUUGUGGGUUACUGCAUCAAAUGGUCUUUACGAUUUAACCGUUACAUUGUUGGAAGAUGCUGCAUCGAUCGAGCCAGAAGACUUUGAGGGCGAAAGGCCGUUGCACCGGGCAGCUAUUAAUGGACACGACGACAUAACACUACUGUUGGUCGAGCAUCAGGCAAACAUCCACGCGAAAAGUAAUUCGGGAGCCACAGCCUUGCAAUGCGCAGCCUCUCACGGGCACCAGCAAAUAGUACGACUACUUAUUGACAAAGGAGCUGACGUUGGGACUUGUGACAAAAAGGGCUGGACAGCGCUACAUUUGGCCGCCUCUAACGGUCACAGAGAUAUAUUGAGACUGCUUUCAGAUCAUGGAGCCGACAUCCAAUUAAAAGAUGGAUAUGGAGCCACCGCCUUGUACCGUGCAGCUGAGAACGGACAUCACGAAUGCACACAACUACUCGUCGAGUGGGGUACUCAAUUAGACGCCAAGGACACUUAUGACCAAACUGCUUUGCACCGAGCUGCCGAACUCGGAUACCUUUCCGUGGCUGAGAUACUGUUGGAGCGUGGAGCCGACUGUACAAUCAAGGACUACUACGGAUGGACGCCAAGGUAUCGCGCUCUUGAUAUGGGCCAUGAUGAUGUGGCUCGCUUGAUACUGAAAUUCUCUACUCCGCUUGCACAGUCGACCUUGUACGAUAGUGAACAAAGCAAGAGGGCAUAG